CCACACACUUCCGCGCCGCGGCUCGAGAGAGUCCACAGAGGUAGGAGGGGGAUUUCCAGCUCCAGCCCCCACUUCCCCACCUCUCCGUCUUGUUUUGCUUUCGCUCUGGACCAGAAACAGAACCGAACACCGCUCUCGCUUUCCCCUUUUCGAGCCACAUUACACGUUUAAAUCUUCCACUGUCACCGUGUUAUUCUGACAGAAGCUCCAAGCUGUCCAAAGUCACAGAGCCCACAAUGCCAGUCGAUAGAAUGAGGAUGCGGCCGUGGUUGGAGGAACAGAUCAACUCCUGUCAGAUACCGGGGGUGAAAUGGGUGAACAAAGAAAAAAGAAUCUUCCAGAUUCCGUGGAUGCAUGCUGCUCGGCAUGGCUGGGACUUGGAGAAAGAUGCUCCGCUCUUCAUGAGAUGGGCGAUACACACAGGCAAAUACCAGCCAGGAAAAGACCGACAGGAUCCAAAGACUUGGAAGGCAAAUUUCCGCUGUGCCAUGAACAGCUUGCCUGACAUCGAGGAGGUGAAGGACAAAAGCAACAAAAAGGGAACGAAUGCCUUCAGAGUGUACAAGAUGCUAUCUUCUUCAGAAAAAUGUAUGAAGAAAGGAAAGAAGAAGCCAGAGAAGGAGAGUAAACCCAAGGGAAAUAAAGAGGUAGCCUCUCCAUCUUUUGGGCAGACUCCUCCUUUCCUCCAUGAGGGAACGAUUGUGGGCAUCAAAGAGGAACCACAGGAUGAAGUAGAGAUGCCCGACACAACGAAAGCCAUUCCUAAUUGUGUCGAAGGUCACGUGAUUGCAAGCGAGCAGCUGCCGUUUGUCUGUCAGACCAUCGAAGUGACGACGGAGAACGAGGAGGAGACCGUUAGCUCCUCCCACUCGUACCCUCUUCAAAUCUCUCCUGUGUCUUCAUAUAGCGCUAGUGACACAGACAGCGACUUUGACGACACAGAACAGGGCGUCGUUGGUGCAGCCUGGAGGCGGGACCACGGCAGGUCGAUUCUCAAGGUGUCACCAUAUUCUCUUCCCGGCAUGGCCACCUUUGUCCGAGGAAACAAGCCCUUCAGAAUCACCACCACACGAGACCCCAACCCUCUCAUUAGUUACCAUAGCAACAGCUGGAUGACGCCUUACAGCCAGAACUCUGUCACGUCUUCCAUACCCAACCACAUGCACGAGAUGCGGGCCAGCGUCAUCAUGAAAACAUCAGACGUCACGUCCUCCUAACCUCAGGACGAUGAGUGCAAAGGCAAAGUUUUUCUUACCGAGAAGCCAUUCAAGAUCAAUUUGACUUAUCUGCUAAUUGGCAGUCAUGUUGCCAUAUUGCGUACUUUCUGCGUCCUCAUGACAAAAAUGGGGGCCGUCUGAAUUUGUCAUUGUUCAUUUAGAAAAUAUGUGUGCUUUUUCUGGUGCAUUUUGGCUUACUUUGCAUUGGAGCUGGGGUAGCUGCUUGGUGGUGUUAGCAAAUCAGUGUAUAAAUCAUAAUUAUAAGAAUCAUUUUAUUAAAUACAAGACAAAAAAAAAAUCAUGAUACCUUAAUAGAUGCUUAAUUCGUGGCCAAAAUAAACCCCUCCCAUUUCCUAACAAAACAGACACUCACACACAGACAUUAAAGAGUUAACCCUCCUCUUGCGUUAGGGUUGGCAUUUUAAUUUUACAUUUUAAUGCAUAAAAAGAAUCACAUUUGUUUAUUGCAUCAAGGCUUUUUGACUUGGUCAAGAAA